AUGCUAAAAACAAAAUAUAAAAAUGCUGCAAAGAAUCGUAUACUUACACAAAGUAGAGAUAGUAGUGGAAGAUUUUCAAAACCUGCAGAUACAGAAAGUAGUGAUUCAGAAUAUAGCGAUCUAGAAUAUAGUGAUCCAGAACUUUUGGUUUAUAAAUCCGAGAACAAUAAUGAGGAAUACUUUAAUAAUAAAGAGACAGAACUUGAUAAUGAAGAAGCUGAGCAUGGUCAGUUACCAUAUUAUUCUGGAAGUUCAAAAUUAAAAAAAUUAGAAGUUAAAUAUGAGAUGUCAGAUUCAGACGUAAGCGAUUCAGAUAUAGAAAAUAACAGUUCUAUUUCAGAGCAAAUAAAUAAAUUAAAGAAUAAACUUAAAGAUGUGAAAAAUAUGAAUGCUUAUGAAUAUCUUUACUUUUUGGCUGUGCAUAAAUAUCUUACUGCAAUCUUCAACCAUAAAGAGUCACAUUCUCGCAUAAAACUAAGUCUCGAAAUAUUACAACAAAUGGCACAUCACAUUCAUGAGUGGUCAAAAAAUUGGAUUGCAACAGAAACUUUACCUGUCUCUAGGCAAGGACAACGAAAAUACAUAUCAACUCUUAUUGAUGAUGAGGAUGUGCAAAGUUCUUGUUUGUGUUUUAUCUGUACUAUAAGAGAAAGAUUAACUGCUAAUAAAUUUCAAAACUAUGUUCAGAACAAUAUCUUACCUAAUGUUACUAGCUCUUGCACUUCAAUUUUAUUAGAAACAGCUCGAAUUUGGCUUCAUCAUCUUGGUCUCAUAUAUCAACGGCAUCAGCAAGGUAUUUAUUAUAAUGGCCAUGAACACCCUGAUGUUGUACAAUACCAUGCUGUAUUUAUUGAAAAAAUGAAAGAUCUUGAAGCUUUAAUGCCAUAA